AUGCCUCCUAGCUACAGUACAUUGUACUUUUAUCCACUUCGCUGCCAUGUUUUACCAAACUCUGCAGAAAUAGACGAAUGCGCUGCCGUCAGUUCUGGUUGCGCUCACCGUUGUUCAAACACCUUCGGUGGCUUUCAGUGUAGCUGCAACGCUGGGUACACCUUGGACGACAACGGCAAGACUUGCAAUGGUAACUGUGCAAACAUUGUGUUACAUAGACUUCUCAAAGAACAUGCUGUGAAAGCUGUAUGUAAAGAAAUUGGUGAAUGCCAGCAGAGCAUGUGUUCUCAUUUUUGCACAAACACAAACGGAUCUUUCACCUGCACUUGUCAGGCCGGCUAUUUGCUGAAUGCAGAUGGGGUCACAUGUGAUGAUGUAGAUGAAUGUAGCACCAAUAACGGAGGCUGUGCACAGGUGUGUAACAACCUACCUGGUUCCUUCCAGUGUGAAUGUAGCUCGGGAUACCAGUUUGGACAAGACGGUAUUACGUGUGAAGAUAUAAAUGAAUGCAACUCGUUCAAUGGAGGGUGCCAAGACAUUUGCGAAAACACCAUUGGAUCCUUUGUGUGCAAUUGUAGCAGUGGGGUACUCGACAGCGACGGUUUGAGCUGUGACCCAUACUCAACCUCACCAAUCGCGGAACCAAGCGUGUUCCAACUGAACAGCAUAGCGCGAGAACUUCUGCCACAAAGGUGCGCUGUCGUCACACUGACUCGUUGUACAGAGAGCGCUGAUGUAGAAGUCCGUAUUUCAUCCACAGAUGAAUGGUACAAGUUGAACUCUGACCCCAACGUCAUCUUCACGCUUGGUAUCGUCUUUGUUGAAGUGCACGACAUUGUCAAUCACGG